AUGCCUGCACAGCCCAAGCGUGCGCUGGGCACCAACGGCAGCACGACGGCCAACCGCGGCUUCGACGACGAGAUCGAGUCGCCCCAGGGCUCGAGGACCGAGCCGACCCCUGAGCAGCGUGCGCUCGUCAACGACCGCGAGGCCGACGGCGCAGGCGAGCGCACGGCCCUGCUCGGGUCGACCACGUCGCGCGACUACCGCACCGAGGCGGCGCGCGACCGGGCCCUGCUCGCCGAGUCGGGCCACCCAGAGCGCCAGCCUCGCCCGUGGUCGCUCCGCAUCGACGCGGCCCUCACGGGCGCGCUCCUGCUCGCCAACGGCUACUUCUUCACCAUGAGCCUCGCGAGCGUCGACGGCACCUUCAUCAGCAACACGGCCCUGCCCGUUCACCGCGGCAGCGUCGGCAUCCCCGUCUGGGUCAGCUUCCUCUCCGCAACCCUCCUCAGCUUCGUCUACCCGCACGAGUCGCCCAUGCUGUCGUUCUACACGGCCAUCACGACCGCCAUCUUUGCCCUCGCCGCCCUCAUCAUCUCGGUCGCGGUCACGCAGCUGCGCGUCGUCGAGGGCCCGCUCACGUUCGUCGUCCUCGCCCUCGCCAUCGUCACGGCCCUCCAGUCGGCCUUCACGGCGAGCCUCACGGACCGCUACGCGCCGCUCCUCGACCCGCCCGAGGAGCUCGACCCGGACUACUCGCCCGACACCGGCUUCUGGGCCUCGCUCAAGCGCGUCACGAGGGCCACGGUCGGCUUCCUCGGCAUCUCGCUCCCGCUCGCGGCCGCGCACGUCGCCGUCCUGUGCGCCUUCAUCAUGAUCGCCAUCGGCCUCGUCAUCCGGUCCGUCGACGCGAGCGUCGAGCAACCCGGUCAGCGCUGGAAGGUCGACAGCUGGCUCUGGCAGCGCAAGUACUUCCCUGAGCUCGCCCACGGCCUCUUCCAGCCUCGCGGCCGCGAGUACCGCGUCCACCUCGCGUGCCGCGGUCUCGGCCUCGACGACCCGCCUUUCGCGGUCGCCGCCGACGGCACCUCGGCCCCCGUCAACUCGUCCUCGUUCGUCUCGACGACCGGCCGCCCGACGGUCCGCCGCACGCUCCUCGUCGAGAGCGAGCAGGGCGUGCCCGCCGCGCUCGACGCCGAGUGGCUCUUGCGCAUGAUGAAGGACGGCGAGCUCAACUCGGGCGACAUCGAGACGCGCGUCUGCUACUUUGACCGUCCUGGAUACGGCUGGUCGGACGCCUCGCCUUCCUCGUCGGCGCCGCACAUCGUCUCGGCCCUCAGCCAGGCCCUGUCGGUCUCGGGCGAGAUGGCGCGCCUGCAGCCGCCGCCGUCGCUCGUCGACAACGAGGACGCCGACUCGAUGGUCCCGUCGCCGCUCGCCCGCAGCGGUUUCGUCCUCGUCUCGCGCGGUCACGGCACGUCGAUCACGGCCCUCUUUGCGACGCUCCACCCUCGCCUCAUCCACUCGGCCCUGUACCUCGCGCCGAUCUCGCCCUCGACGCACUGGAACGCGGCGGCGCGCUCUCGCCUGCGCGCCGUCCCGCGCUUCUUCACCCAGAUCGUGCCCGCCCUGUACACCGACCUGAGCGUGCAGCGCAUCUGGUGGGCCCUGCGCGGCGUGUCGCGCAAGCGCCGCGUCAUGGCGCGCGCCGGCGAGCGCGUCAACGGCCUCAUCGAGCGCGCCUACGUCGAGGAGACGUACGAGCGCGAGCGCGGCCGCGAGGGCGACGGCGCCAAGGCGUGGGACCGCCGCAAGGGCCGGUACCCGGUGCGCCCGACGUUCGUGCUCGGCGAGAGCCGCGAGGGCGACGGCGGGCGCAAGUUUGUCGACGAGGUCGUCGGCGAGGGCCUCAUCAAGUGGCGCCGCGAGUGGAAGGGCAAGCGGGGCACGUGCGAGGGCGACGAGGAGGAGACGUGCCGCCAGGCCGUCCGGGACCUGCUCGCGCUCGACUGAGCGACGCCCCCUUCCCCACCCCCCCUUUCCUCUCCUCCUUCCCUCUCCCUCUCAUUCUGUGCCUCCCUCUCUCUUUCUCUCUCUCUUUCGUCGUCGUAUCUCGCUUGUUCGCCGUCGUCUAAUGUCAUCGACUGUACAUACUCUC